GGAUCACACACAACGCACACCGUCACUCUAUCGAAAGGGGCACUAUAUGAAGCACAUCGAACAUUCACCCCGCAAUCAUCGAUCGCUACGAAAUGCCCACCAAGCCAGCGUGCGACUUGACGUUUGAGGCGACGGACGACAUCGCCUCCUUGACCGAGAAGGCGAAGGACGUCUUCAUCGAUGACAUCUUUCGGCAGCAGCUGCCUGUUCCCCCGUAUGCGCCUGUGAUGUUUGCGAAAGUGGCGAAGGCGAAGGACGGCCGUGUAGUUGGUGGCGUUGCCGGUACUUCUCUGUGGAACUGUGUGGAAAUCUCUCACGUCGCCGUCCAUCCGGACUUCCGUCAGCGUGGCGUUGGUACCGCCCUCAUGAAGUGCAUCGAGGAAGCGGCUCGAGGGGAGCUGGCGUGCAAUCAAAUGCGCGUGCAAGUGCUCAGUUGGCAGCCGCGGCACUUCUUCGAGAAGUUGGGCUACAAGGUGCAGUGGAAACAGGAGAAUCUCCCGCGUGGCCACGCAACGUACUACCUGGCGAAGGAGUGGCCCAUGGGCUUUCGAGAUGAGCCGCCACAGGGCUACGACGCCGCGGCAACGAAUCUGGUGGUGGCGGAGUGGGACACGAAGGAGGCCACGGUGCAGUUGGACGAGUGGAUUCGCGCGGACGCGGAGCGACACAACCUGCCGGACGUUUAUCCCCGUAAAGAAGUCACGUACGGCUUGAAGGCCCUGCAGUCUGAUGGCUCACUGGCCGCGCUGUGCAUGUACAAGAUCUAUUGGAACAUGCUCUACGUGCACAUAUUGACCGUGAUGAAGGGCAGAAAGAGGCGCGGCGUAGGCUCCGCGGUGCUGAGGAAGAUUGAUGAGAUCGCGCGUGAGCACGCUUGCGAUGACGUAACGCUGCAUACGAUGAGCUGGCAGGCUCGCCCUUUCUACGAAAAAAAAAAUGGCUUCGUUUGCGCUGCAACGGAGAAUGAUUUGCCUUUUACGUUCUGUCGGUAUGACAUGUAUCAUCCGGUUCCACGCGUUGUGCGAAGCAAUCUUUAG